AAGUGCAUCACACAAUUGCUACUUAACUUUGCCUCAAAACACCACUAUUUCCCCACACAGUUGUAGCUCUACUAGUAGUUUUUCUUUAUCAGUUGUUCAAGAUUUAUUGAAGGGUUAAGAAUGGGAACUCAGAUACUUGAACUUCCUUCAACCAUGAAUUUCAUUUGGAAGAUCCGCAACUUUUCUAAGUUGAACCACAAAGUUUCCCACUAUUCUGAUGUUUUCAGUGCUGGCGGUGCUAAAUGGAAGGCAAGGAUUUAUCCCAAGGGAUGUGGGGAAGUGUUUGAUCACUUAUCAAUUUAUCUUUACCGUGUGGACUCGUCCAGUUUCCCAGUGAAUGUGGCAUACACUUUUGCUAUUACUGAUCAAACUAAUCCCGCUAAUACGAAGACAGUUGCGGGUGAAAAACAAUUUGUUUCAGGUACUAGAGAAGGAGCAUGGGGUUAUCCUAAAUUUUUCCCUCUUAGUAAACUGCAUGAUUCCAAGAAGGGAUAUCUUGUAAAUGAUAUUUGCGAGAUUAAAAUUGAGAUAACUCGUAAAAUCCCUGCAAAUGCCAAGAAGCCUGUUAAUGUUAAAGGAAAAGGAAAGCACUUGCCGCAGGCCAAAUCCGUUGUCAAGUCCAAUUCCGGGUAUUCAAUCACUUGGUUUGGUGUUCGUAUUCAAAAGGAUUAACCAUUCCUAGAUCUAAAGUUUAGAUUAUAUACACCUAUCAACAUUUGGACUAACAAAAAUGGUUUGCAUCUAGCAAGGUCUGUUACUUAAAAGUUCUCUGAUUUAAUUUGGUAUUUACAGUUUACUUAUGUAUGAAGUUAGAAAUGUUACUAGGAAACUCAGAAAUGCAGUUGAUCGAUGAU